GAAAAAAUCAGUUUGAAGGGGAAGAAAAAAGUUUGAUGGGUGGAUCAGACGAGAACAAGCACGGAGUUAUCGGACCCAUGAAUCCACAAGGUGGUUUACGUGGAGGAAAGGUGAAUCCGGCGAAUGGGCAGACAUGAAGAGCACUCAGUAACAUAAACAAGAACAUCAUCGGAGCUCCGGUUUAUCCUUGUGCUGUCAACAAGCGACCGUUGUCUGAGAAGAAUGUGAUGUGUAACAGGAAGAUUCCACCACCUGUUCCAGUGCAUCGACCAAUCACUAGAAAGUUUGCUGCUCAAUUAGCUGAGAAUAAUCCCCAAACCAAGAAGGAGGUAGUGAUGACGAUGAGAACACAAGGAGGAGAUGAGGCUGUACUUCAUUUACUAAACCGUACCCGUGAGCUUUACAGGCGUAGAAUCCAAGAAACAGCUAGUGUGGAUCAGCUGGAUUCUAUAUUUGUAGAGUGUGCCAUUACAGAAGCACAGCCUCUUGGGCACGAGCCAACAUCAUCAACAGACCUAAAUGGCACCAGAGAAAGAGUUACAGCGGAUGCUCAUGGGAACUCUAUCCUGGAGAAAAGCGUACUGGUGUAGUAAUAUGUGAUACAAGGAUGCUAUUUUGUUUUGCCAUGACAUAUCGCUUCUGCUGUAAUGUGUUAGUUGAUGUUGUUGAUCUUUGAACGCAAUGGGAAAUGUAUAACGCUUGCAACUUUGUCUCAUGCCUCAGCAUCCUAUAGACUUGUAAUGUUUCUUA